GGCGGACUUCGAGCGCGCGGACACACAUUAUGGUUGUCUACAAAACCAACUCACUGCGAUCACGUCCUUUGUCGUCCAUCUGCUUCCUAUGUCGUGCAUGCCGCGCGAUGUCGUACGCGAUCUCGUUGACAUCAUGCGCAUUCUGCAUUCCGCGCCGUCCGCUCGCGCUCUCGCGGAGGUCGCAUGCGACACGCUGGCUAUGGUCUGGCAACACACGGCCGACCAGCGCGCGCUCUUGUGGUCACUGCACGACGGGGCGUUCCCCUUGGUGAUGUCGCUGUACCAUAGUGAGGAGCCUAGUACUAGGGUCGGGAAUGCGCUGGGCACCAUAGCCCUACUCUCCGUCUUCGGUGAAGUACAGCGCGUGCUGCCGCGGGACAUGUCCUUCCUCGACGAGUUUCCGGACGGCCCUGGCAGAUACGCUCAACGACGCGCCGACGUAGCGCGUCACAUAUCAAGGAAGAUGUGCGCUUACUGUGAGCGUCCCGAAGGUGGCAGAGGCGAGGCCCGCAAGAGGUUCCUCUGCUGUCCUUGCUUCUCCGCGAUAUAUUGCUCCACCGAAUGCCAAACCGCUGACUGGCCUUCGCAUCGCGCACUGCAUCGUCGUGCGCGCGUCGACGAAGUGCAAGGCAAGAUCUCCCCUCGCGACGCGCAUUUCCUGAAGGCCUGCGGCAACGACUACCUGCGCAAAAACCUCGCGCGCAUCCUUGGCGAGAUAUCGGAGGGCCUCGAGCGCCAUCGCGAGCAUCUCGCGCUACCCCCGCGUGUACACAUCGAGAUACGCAUUGGCGGACGCUUCGACGAGGAUGCGCACGAGAACCGCGUCAAUAUACGUCGUGAGGAUAGCGAGGAAAGGAGCGUGGCAGAACCAUUUGCAGGGAACGAUCCGGAAGAACCGACCGUGCUUGUAGUUGCUGUGCUGCUUCGCAUCGACAAGAUUGCUGGCGCAGUAGUGGUGCGACGCGCGAUGUUGCGGGAGCUGAAGGAGGAGGCUGGGAGACUCACCGAGUAGUAUCCAUCGCGCGGCGGCUCUUAUGAAGCACCAAAUCCCGCGAAGACAGAGAACAGAACAGAAGUCAUGUAUUCACAAAUCCAGUGUACAAACAUAAGGUGCAUCUGCAUGAGUACGUAUGCGUGGUCGU